ACUCCCUUAUCCACCAUAGUCCUAGCCAAAACAGUUCGCCGAGCUGAUUCCACACGCCUUCGGCUUCCUGAGUUAGCUGCUCCUCCGAUCCGCGUAUUUUUAGUGCCUUAUCCGGCCACAAUGUCCGGGGGAUCAGCAUCAGGAGCGGCGCAGGAAUGGCCGGCGACGCGCGUGCGCGACACGUUUCUGCAGUUCUUCAAGGAUCGCGCGCACUCGCAUGUGCCGUCGAGCCUCGUCGUCCCGCUCGACGACCCCACGCUGCUCUUCGCUAACGCCGGCAUGAACCAGUUCAAGCCCAUCUUCCUGGGCACAGUGGACCCUCGCAGCCCCCUGGCGUCCCUGAAGCGCGCCGUGAACUCGCAGAAGUGCAUCCGCGCGGGCGGCAAGCACAACGACCUGGACGACGUGGGCAAGGACACGUACCACCACACCUUCUUCGAGAUGCUCGGCAACUGGUCGUUCGGCGACUACUUCAAACAAGAGGCCAUCACGUGGGCCUGGGAGCUGCUUACUCAGGUGUACAAGCUUCCCGAGGAUCGGCUCUAUGCCACCUACUUUGGCGGGGACGAGAAGCUAGGCUUGGAACCGGACCUGGAGGCUCGGGACAUCUGGCUGACCGUGCUCCCAGCCAGUCGCGUGCUGCCCUACGGCUGCAAGGACAAUUUCUGGGAGAUGGGCGACACGGGUCCGUGUGGGCCAUGCACGGAGAUCCACUUUGACCGGCUGGGCGGCCGGGAUGCAGCAGCGCUGGUGAACGCCGACGACCCCACGUGCAUUGAGAUCUGGAACAACGUGUUCAUCCAGUUCAACCGUGAGGCGGAUGGCACGCUCAAGACGCUGCCUGCGAAGCACGUGGACACGGGCAUGGGCUUCGAGCGCCUCACGUCCAUCCUGCAGAACAAGCUGAGCAACUACGACACGGAUGUGUUCAUGCCCAUCUUCGAGGCCAUCCAGAAGGUGACGGGGGCAGCACCCUAUGAGGGCAAGUUGGGCAAGGAGGACACGGGAAACAAGGACAUGGCGUACAGGGUCGUGGCAGACCACAUCCGCACUCUCUCCUUCGCCAUUGCUGAUGGUGCCCGGCCCGGCAGUGAGGGCCGCGACUAUGUGCUCAGGCGCAUCCUGCGCCGCGCGGUUAGAUACGGGCGUGAUGUGCUGGGCGCUCAGGAGGGCUUCUUCAGCACUCUGGUGCCCAUGUUCGCUGACCUCAUGGGCGACACCUUCCCCGAGCUGAGGAAGAACGGGGAGCGCAUUAAGGAGAUCAUAGGCGAGGAGGAGGUGGCGUUCGGCCGCACGCUACAGAAGGGCCUGCAACGGUUUGAGAAGUCUGCCUCUGAAGUGAAGGACGGCAAGCUGAGUGGCCAGGACGCCUUUGUGCUAUGGGACACCUUCGGCUUCCCUGUUGAUCUCACCCAGCUGAUGGCGGAGGAGAAGGGCCUGUCGGUGGACAUGGCGGCAUUUGAGCAGGCCAUGACCGACGCCAGGGAGAUGUCGCGAGGGGCCCGCAGCAAGGGAGGAGCUGGAGCGUUGGUGAUGGAGGCAGAGGCAACAGCAGAGCUGCAGAAGAGGGGGAUCGCUCCCACUGAUGACUCCGCAAAAUACGUGUGGCGCCAGGAUCACCCCACAACUGUCCGUGCCAUCUUCACGCCCUCCGGUUUCGUCGAAUCAGUGGCCGCCACGUCAUCAGAUGAUGCACAGGCGGAAAUCGGCCUCAUCCUGACGAGCUCGAGCUUCUACGCGGAGCAGGGCGGGCAGAUCUUCGACACCGGCGCUAUGAUUAUCGGGGACACUAGUAACGGGGAUGCCAGAUUCGAGGUCCGCUCUGUCCAGGUGUACGGCGGCUACGUGCUGCACAUCGGCGUGGUGACAGGUGGCAGCGUGGCAGUGGGUGAGGCGGCGGUGUGCCAGGUGGACUAUGACCGGAGGGCGCUGGUGGCUCCCAACCACACGGCGACGCAUCUGAUGAACCACGCGCUGAUGAAGGUUCUGGGCGACCACAUCGACCAGAAGGGGUCUUUGGUGGCGGAGGAUCGUCUUCGGUUUGACUUCUCUCAUGGCAAGCCCAUCGACCCCAAGGACCUGGGGAAGAUCGAAGCAGAGGUGGUGGAUCGAGUCAAGGCUGCUCUGCCCGUGUAUGCCCUCGAGUCCAGCCUCGCCGAUGCCAAGCGCAUCAUGGGGCUCAGAGCCGUGUUUGGAGAGGUCUACCCCGACCCAGUGCGCGUGGUGUCUGUGGGCACGCCAGUGGAGCAGCUGCUGCAGGACCCGGAGAACCCCCAGUGGGCCAACAGCUCUAUUGAAUUCUGUGGCGGAACCCACAUUUCCAACACGUCAGAGGCGCAGUCGUUUGCCAUUAUCAGCGAGGAGGGCAUUGCCAAGGGCGUGCGGCGAAUCAUCGCCUUCACCUCUGCCAAGGCCAAAGAGGCCAUUGCUCUCGCGGACCAGUUCGCUGCCAGAAUCGAAGCGGCCGGGAAACUCACCGGCACUGCUCUGGAGAAGGAAGUGGCAGCCCUCAAGGGGUCAGUCGAUUCAGCCGUCAUCCCUGCGGCCUACAAGGCGCAGCUUAAAGCCUCCCUGCUGAAGCUGAUGGACCGCAUUCGCCAGGCGCAGAAAGCAGCAGCGGGCGCCAACCUCAAGCUCGCCAUCCAGACGGCGGUUGAGACGGCGGCAGCAGCCGCAGCCGCAGGCGAGAGUGUGUGCGUGCUGCGGAUCGACGUGGGGCUGGACCCCAAUGCCAUCAGGGAGGCCGUGGCUACUGUUCUGGGACAACAGAAGGAGCUGGCAGUGCUGAUGGUGUCGGUGGACGAGGAGAAGGGCAAGGUGCUCGUGUACGCUGGGGUGCCGGAGGCCAUAACUGCUCGCGGCCUCUCUGUGUUGGACUGGCUGCGGGCGGCACUCGUGCCUGUGGAGGGCAAGGGAGGGGGCGGCAAGGGCGGGCUCGCACAGGGGCAGGGUAACAAGGCAUCAGGUGCAAAUGAAGCAAUGGAGGUGGCUAAGAAGUUUGCUGCUGAGAAGUUGGGUAAAUAGAUUGAGCAUUUUAUGUGAUGGGACGUUUGACUAUUGAUUCUUAUGGAUGCCUCAAACCUUCAUACGUGUAUUUGGCUACCCAUCGUCACUUCCUUAGCUUACAAAUCGACCCCUGCUUAGGUGCGAAUCCGAAUAAUAUUGAAGGGUGCGUAUAGCGUGGUGUACAUCUCUUGUGUUGACCAGUCAUAUCCAAA